AUGUUUUGCAAACUAGAGGUGUCAAAAUUCAUCGACGGUUUAUGGUCCUUCCGUCAUAGUGCAGCAUUGUACAACUUUUCCUCUCGAGUAGGAGACGUAGAAACGGCGAGACUUCUCAUCGAGCACGGAGCCCGGCCGUGCCUGAGGACGAAACUGGGCAGGACCGCGGCACACUUUGCCGCCGAGACUGGUUCUCUGGCGGUCCUGAGGCUGCUGCACUCCUUCCACGCCCCCCUGGACAAGGAGGAUUCUGGCGGCGACAGACCGGCGCGGAUCGCCCAAAUCUAUGGACACCGUGAGUGUGUCACAUUCCUCAGAAAGGCAGAGGCAGAGGGGGAGGCAUACCGCAAAAUAGUGGCUGAAAAAGGCCUGUCUGUGGAUGACACUGAUGAAGAGUGGGAAGAACAAUGCAAAGACCAACGUGAAGGAAAAAUAAGAUUUGUGAUCAAAUAGUAUUUCCCAGAGUUUUAAAUGCACCCCUUUCAUUGUUGCAAAACAUGUAUAAAUGAAGCCUGUUAGUCGCCAUUAA